AGUGGCAAAAGUCUAUUCCAUACUAGCUCAGUAUAUAGGCAUUGUUUUAAGUCUGCAGAGUUACACUCCAUUAUGUGACACAGAAACCUGUAACUUUAUGCAUGGUCUUGCAAUUGCAGCUGGACAGAUUGUAUUACCAGUAGUUAACCAAUGAUGAAACUCUCUUAUUUUCCUUCGUCCCUGCAAUCAGGACUAGAAAACUUGUGUAUACAUACUGUAUAUACAACGUCCCUUUUAUGAUGUUGUCGUUCCUGUCCAGUCGAAAUUACCGACCAACGUGGAAGUACAAUAACACAGAGCCAGUCACCGGCAACUACUACCCCGUGGACAGCCGCAUCUUCAUCAAGGAUGAGGAUCGUGGGGUUCAAUUCACGGUCAUGAAUGACAGAGCUCAGGGUGGGUCUUCCCUCAACGAUGGACAACUGGAGCUCAUGGUCCAUCGUAGGACUCUCUACGAUGAUUCCCGAGGCGUGGGAGAGCCACUGAACGAGACAGGUCAGACCGGAGAAGGUCUGAUCAUCACUGGCGUCCACGUUGCCAUUCUCGACAACUUCGUCAAUUCUACCAUCUACCACAGAAUUAUAGGGGAGGAUCUUAUGCUGAGGCCGCAGUACCCCAUAACUCCUUCAAACCUCUCGUAUGCAGACUGGAUCAGCAAGUAUCCUCCCUAUUCGGAUGGGUUGACAGUGGAGCUCCCACUAAACAUCCACCUGCUAACACUGGAGAGACUAGACCACACCCACCAUCUACUGAGGCUGGAACAUCAGUACCCUAUCGAUGAAGCCCCUCUCAACACCACCGCCAAUGUUACUCUGGAGGAGUUGUUCCAGGAGAUGAAGGUGGUGGAGGCAGUAGAGCUGGGACUGGGAGGCAACGCCCUUCUAUCUGACAUACACAGACUCCACUGGAACACCGCCUCCUCAAGGACAGGUGGAGGAAGAAGGCCAACAGAGAAGCUGUCUCCUCCGUUCACCAUUGUGCUAAAGCCAAUGGAAAUCCGCACCUUCAACAUCACCGUUACCUACUACUGAUGACUUUCACUGUCAGUAUUGUGGUUAUUGGAACUUUGUAGUGACUGAACUUUGUAAAAACCCUGUAUACAUGUCUGCAUGGUAUAGUAAUGAGAUUUUAGUAUGUUUGUUGUCCAUCUAGUAGAGAAAUGCGAUUUGUUGUCCAUCUAGUAGAGAAA